AUGCACAAGAACCUACACAGUACUAUCACUAGAAUUUUAGACGAUUCACAUUUGGAAAAGAUUCAUCACUGUUUGGUCGGGAGAAUGCCAAACACGUACACAAUGACAAAGCAAUGUUCGGAGAAUCUAGUUAAUCACAAAGCACACGGCCUCCCAGCUGGGAUAUUUCGACCACCGAUUGUUCUCUCAACAUACAAGGAACCAGUGGCAGGAUGGACAGACAACUUAUAUGGUCCGUCUGGCAUUUGCUCGGGCUGUGUUCGAGGAGUUGUGCACGUUAUUUUUGGCAAUGGCAACAAGAAAGCUAACCUAGUGCCAGCCGAUUACUGCGUCAAUGCCAUGAUAUCAGCUGCAUGGGACAUAAAUCAACGUUUCAAAUCGCGAAUGGAAAAUCAUACAGAAAUACCUGUCUACAAUUAUAUUUAUGAUAAAAAUAAUUUAACUUGGGGCAGUUAUAUGGAUUCCGUGCGAAAAGGAUUACAUGAGCCGCUAAAUAAAGCCGUCUGGUACUAUUCAUAUAUAAUUAUAUCAUGGAAACCGCUUUUCAACGUUUGCGAUGUGCUUCUACACGCAGUGCCUGCUUACAUUAUGGAUCUGUUGGCAUUUGUUACGGGAAAGAAACGAAAAAAUGCCAGAAACUAUCAAAAGUUGCACCGUGUUUUGUCGAUGAUGUCAUUCUUUGGGCUACGUGAGUGGAAAUUCUGCAAUAAAAAUAUCGAUCAACUGGCCACUUUAUUGAAAUCGCAACCGGCACGCCAACUGCAAACACACAACGCGUCAACCGGCUUAAUUCGAUGGCAAAAUGGCAUGAAUUCAACGCCGACGAAAAAUGACAUGAUCAACGGAAAGUGCACGGCUAACAACAAAUUUUAUCGAAACGCGCAAACUUUUCUGGAAUUCGAUAUGCGAACCAUUGACUGGGACGAAUACUUUUUCCACUAUCUGCCCGGUAUUAAGAAGUAUUUUUUCAAAGAAUCGGUAGCUGAUAAAAAGUGCAUCAAACAUUACGGCAGAUUAAAAAUUCUGCACAUUCUAUUCAAGUCGUCAGCAUAUAUGUUGUUCCUAUUUUUGAGCAGUUCAGUAGUAUUCAAGUACAUUAUGAAAUUGCUGUUGGGCUAGACAACAACAACAACAACAACAAUACAAGUAAAAUACAAAUGAAAAAAACCUCAAAUGCGAUACCGUACUUCUAUAUAUCUUUUCUCUGCACUCGCUAUUUUAACAAAAUGUGUACAUCCGUUCAGUUAGCGUAAUCAUUUUUCUAUCUCUCUCCAUUUGAAAAACACUUUACUGUUUGUGCU